CUUAUCGCGGGGCUUAGCUCCUGAGAUCGUGAAACCGAAACUCUCCCCACCAGUCUCCCACAGCUGCCCUACAGCUGUUUUGCUUCACUACAGAGAAUACACACAGUAGUAUUCGAUUAUUGCCACCUCGAACUCUUGUUCAACUCUUUAUCCUCAGCCUCGCAAUCGCACAACACACCGCGCGCGCGACCGACCCCAUCGACAGGAAGCUCUGAAGUCGAGCCACCUUUGCCCACGAUGGGCGCUUCAGCAAUUCAGGACCAGCGCGACAUUAUUGUCGGCGCCAUAAAGAACAUAACCCGUGGUGAUUGGAAGGUUUUGGUGGUGGACACCGACAGCAAGAGGAUCCUCGACAAUGUUGUGAAAGAAGAUGACAUUCUCAAUGAAAAUAUUGCAAAUAUCGAGAAGAUCGAGGAUAAGAGGCCGCCGAACCCGGACAUGGAUGCGAUAUACCUCUUGUCGCCAGAAUCGCAUAUUGUCGACUGCUUGUUGGCCGACUUUUCGCGCCGGCGAUACAAAAAAUCAUACUUGGUGUGGACAGCUUUGUUGGAUCCUACGAUUCGGAGGCGCAUUGACAACUCGGCCGAGGCCCAACAACAGCUUGCUGGGUUCGAAACAUUGUCUAUAGACUACUUCCCACGAGAAUCCCGCCUGGUUACGUUUCGCGACCCAUGGAGUUUCCCCAUUCUAUACCACCCGGCAUGUAAUAAUGUCGUUGCUGCACAUAUGCAAACCCUGGCGCAAAAGAUAGCUGGUGUGUGCAUCUCGCUGGGAGAAUAUCCAAUUGUUAGAUAUUAUAAACCAAAAGCGCCAACGCAUGAAGCAAGUGUGCUAUGCUCCCACCUCGCACGAUUUGUGCAGGACGAACUAGAUGCAUACGCAAAGUUUCAUACAAACUUCCCUCCUCCAUCGAACCGACAGCAAGGCGUCCUUAUUGUCACCGACAGGUCCAUGGACUUGGUUGCCCCUCUUAUUCACGAAUUCACAUAUCAGGCCAUGGCACACGACCUACUUCCCAUAAGAGAAGGCGAUAAGAUUAUGUAUAAGACGACCGUUAAUCAAGGAGAGCCUGGCGAAGAAGAGAAAGACAUGGAGAUUGGAGAGAACGAUGACAUAUGGGUCAGGAACAGGCACACGCAUAUGAAAGAUACUAUCGAAAGGCUUAUGGGCGAUUUCCAAAAGUUCAUUAGCGAAAACCCUCACUUUACGAAUCAAUCAGGUGAUGCGACGAGUCUGAAUGCUAUCAAAGAUAUGUUGGCAGGGCUACCGCAGUUCCAGAACCUGAAGGACGCAUAUUCACUACAUUUAUCCAUGGCACAAGAGUGCAUGAACAUAUUCCAAAACCACAAACUGCCCGAUAUUGCUUCGGUCGAACAAUCACUGGCCACAGGCCUCGACGAAGACUACCGAAAACCGAAGAAUCUCGCAGACCAGGUCAUUCGCCUUCUCGACGAUGAAAGCAUAUCCUCACCUGACCGCCUGCGCCUCAUCGCCCUAUACAUCAUCUACUCCGACGGCAUCGUCUUUGAGGACAUCCCCCGCCUCAUCGCGCACGCCUCCCUCCCCUCCACCAACAUGGAAACAAUCACCAACCUCGAGCUCCUCGGCGCCCGCACCACCCGUCCCCUCAAAGAAACCCGCCACCCGCACGCGCCCCUUUUCCCACGCAAGACCGCCCCCACCGCCGCUAAUGAGGACUACGCGCUCUCCCGCUUCGAACCCGCCCUCAAACUCCUCCUCGAAGAAGUCGCCCGCGGUCCGCUUGACCCGGCCCUCUUCCCUUACACCAAGCCGCCGAUACAGAGCGACUAUGACCAAAACGCCAAUGUCAACGCGUCGCUCCGCUCUGCGAAACCUACGUGGGCGCAGAACAGGAGGAGCGUGCACGAGUCCAAACAGCGCGUUAUCGUGUUCAUGGCUGGUGGCGCAACGUACUCGGAAUCCCGAGCCUGCUACGAGAUCACGAAGAACAGCAAUCGCGAUGUUAUGCUCGUGACGAGUCACAUGCUGACUCCAGCGUUGUUCUUGCGCCAGGUCACGGAUCUGUCGGUUGAUAGGCGCCAGUUGGGUCUUCCCGCAGACCAGCCGAAGAAGAUGGCCCCAUCGCAUUUAUUCGAGCGGCCUACACCAUCGCCGUCACCUUCGCCGUCGCCGCACGGGGGGCUACCCGCGGGACCGGCUGGGGGCAGGGGAGGUCCGUCACCACGGCCGCCGCUGCCGUCAUCGCAGAGCAGUGGGAGUAGGAAGCCCGUGGAGCCACCGUCGGGGAAGAUGGGAUCGAUGUCUUUGAAUUCUGGGAACGGGCAGAAUGGCGGGUCGAAGGGGGCGUCGCCAGUUGCACAGGCAGGGAAGCUGGAGAAGAAGAGUAAAUAUGAUGAGGAUGGGAAGGAGAAGAAGAAGCGGGGAUUUUUUAGCUCGAAGAAGUAG